UCACGAGAUCCGAAAAGGAAACGGGAAGUAAAAUUAAGAGAUAAAAUUAACUAUUGAGCAAGAUAGCUGAGGAAUGGAAGGACAAGGAAAGCCUCCGCCUUAUAAUUACGGUGCCAUUCCAACAGAUUCUGGUUAUGCAGCUCCACCGCCUUAUCCUGCUUCAGCACCAGGGUAUCAACCACCACAGCCUUAUCAAGCUCCUCCCCCAAGGAUGCAGCCUGUGGGACCCACAACAACAACAAUCAUUACGCCACCCACUCCUAUCAUUGUGAACAUGGUUUUUGGUGAAUCUCCCGUUAGCAUGGUCUGUCCACAUUGCCAGACACAUAUUAUCACAUGUACAACAUAUCAGGAUGGUACUCUAACAUGGUUGUCAGCUGGAGCUCUAUUCCUUUUGGGAUGUUGGCUAGGUUGCUGUUUAAUUCCAUUUUGCUUAGAUGGUUGCAAAGAUGUCAUUCAUUCUUGUCCAAAUUGCCAUGCAAGGCUUGGCAGUUAUCGCCGAAUGUAGACUGUUCAGCAGAAGACACAUCACAAGGUGGAAGUACAAUAGUAGUUCUUAUCAAGCCUGAACUAAGCUAUACUAGAUAUCAUAUCUAAACCUCAAUAUAUCUUCCUUGUCAAAACCAACAGAAUGAAAGUAAUGUAAGAAAAACUAUAGAAAAUAGAAAAUUUAUAUACUAUAAAAGAUUUACUAAUUUACAGAUUCAAUGAUUUUGAUUUACUGUAGAAAAUAGAAAAAAAAAAGUUUUGUUAGUUAAAAUAAUACUGAAAGAGUCUUGUAAGCUAACAGUUUUUGAAAAUGCCUGCUCUGGGUGUCCAGUCUAAAACUCUGAAAAAAUUAAGUAAAAAAAAUUUUUUUUUGAUCAAAAUUUUUUUCUGUUAGUUAUUGUAAACAUAAGGCUAGAAAGAGAUAGUGUUAUUCUUGUGCAUGGUGUACGCUUAUGCUUUUAGUAAUUUUUAACUAAUAAACACUUUUGUUGAAGUAGUGCUGAUUUUUUGUCCUUGGUUGUUAGAAUAUUAGGUCUGAUGCUUACAACUUUACAUUGGUGUUAGAGAAAUAUAUGUAACAGUUGUGUCGUUUUGUUCUUUCUAAUACUUUUUCUCUUGUGUUCUUCACACUGAGGACGAAAACAUCAGUAUAGCAAUUAUUUUGGUUAAACUUGGCAUGUGGAAAAUUGAUUGAGAAUGAGAGCAGCUGUCUCUGCAGUAGGCUUACUUAACCCUUUAACCCCUAAUAGUGAUUACUAGCUAUUUUCUCCUAUUAGUAUCACCCCUAAAACAAACAUUGAGGUUAUGAGAAUAAAGGAAAUGAUCACCAGCUAAAGACACUCUUGAUUGUAAAACAAAUUCUCUUUGUUAGUGCCAUAGGAAAUGUACAGGGAACAGUGUGGAGAAAAUGUAUGCUGAUGUUAGGGUGUAAAGGGGUUAAGAAAGUGAGAUACCCACCAUAAAUGAUUUGAAAGAGUAUUUCCUGUAUGUGACUUAAGAUUUUUUUUCUGUUAAUUAUUGUAAACAUAGAGCUAGAAAGAGAUAGUGUUAUUAUUAUGCAUGGUGGAGAGGAAAAUGAAAGGUAGUGGUGGACAGAGUUUGUUUGUCAUGGGACAAAAAAUGAAAUGAAAAAAAAUCACUUUAAUGAUACUGCCAGGUAAUCCCCUUAACAUUGUCUUUGAAAUUAUUUUUUUUCAUAGUGAUGGCAACUUUGAAUUGAAUAUCUACUUUUGUAGCUGUGUUAUAGACAGAGUGCUAAUGUAGUUGUAAUAGGAAGGUUAUUAUGAUAGAAAUUUCAAGAGAAAUUCCAUGAAUUUUA